AUGAUGCCGCAGACCAAACUCCAUGAGUUUGACUCCCUCGUCCUGAACCCUGUCAAGUUGCACCAUGAAAUUCGUUUCCGAAAAUACGCUGGGAGCGGACGUGCAGGUCAUGUUUUCAAGAUCCGCAUGAAUAAGGAAGAUUACGCUGUGAAGAUGUUUAUAUUCGAUAACCCCGGAUUGAAUGCUACACAACUCAAGGGAACCAAACGAAAAGCCUUCUACGACCCUUUCUAUAUCGAAUGCCGCGCGAA